AAUCAUUGCUUUCUUACCAAAGAAAGAUCCCUGGCACCCUCUCCACCAAGGCGGGAAAACAACCUUCCAGCAGCAGGAGGAGGAAAGAGGCGGGAACCUUCUCGAGGCGGCGCUGCCUAAGCCGGAAGGCGUUAAAAAACCAGCAUCUCUCUCUCUCUCUCGGCCUCUAUCUCGCCCAAGGUAUCAGUGUGUGGCGGAACUCGGGAUUUGGAGCUGCGUCCCCCAGGGGAUGUUUGAGAGGACGUACCAGAUCGGUGCAUCUCAAAAAGGGCCCUCCAUCCUUUCCUUAAGAUGUGGCCCUCCUCGAGGAAGAUCAUGAACCGGUAUUGGAAAUUGUCAAGUCUUCUGCUCCAGCACCAGAGGAUCCAUACUGCAGUGCAAUAUUUGAAAAGCAAAACAGGAGCAGAACAUCGUUGGCUGGAGCGGCAUUUCAAGGACCAGUACGUGAAGAAGGCCAAUCAGCAGAACUAUCGCUGCCGGAGUGCCUUCAAACUGCUGGAAAUAGAUGACAAAUACAGCAUCCUUUGCCCUGGGCUGCAUGUGAUAGACUGUGGCGCUGCCCCUGGGGCUUGGGCUCAGGUUGCAGUCCAGAGAGUAAAUGCUACGGGCUAUGAUCCAGAUGCCCCUGUUGGCUUUGUUCUUGGUGUUGACCUACUUCACAUUUUUCCUCUGGAAGGAGCAUUCUUCCUGCCUCAUGCUGACAUCACAGAUCCAAGGACUCAAAAGAAAAUCCAAGAAGUGCUUCCUAAAGGGAAAGUGGACGUUAUCCUGAGUGACAUGGCACCCAACGCUACUGGGAUCCGGCAGCUAGAUCACCAGAAGUUGAUCUCUCUCUGCUUGUCCCUUUUGGAUCUGGCCCACCACAUUUUGCACCCUGGAGGGACCUUGCUGUGUAAGUUCUGGGAUGGUGGGGAAAGCCAUCUCCUGCAAAAGAGACUGAUGCAAGACUUCAAGGCAGUAAGAACCUUAAAACCCCAAGCCAGCAGGAAAGAAUCUGCUGAGACAUAUUACUUGGCAAAGUUGUAUAAACGAGCAUCUUACACUGCAUCAGAAACAUGAGUAACUGUGUGCAUGCUUUGUGGGGGCAGUUACAGUACAUUUAGGUUAAAACUACAAUUUAAUCAUAUUUCAGUCUGCAUAGGACUGGGCGGCGAGUCUGGAGAUUUUGUGCAACUGACAAAUCUAACAAACCAAAUUAGAUUUGGAGGAAGGACAAGGAAUAACUUUGGAGAAGCAUGGAGAUCAUUUGCCAGCUAUUACAGCAGAUCAUCUUCUUUUUGUAAACUGCCGAGGGAACAUGACUGAAGGGCAGUAUAAAAAUGCUGAUAAUAAAUAAAAUCUAGAGGUCAUUAA